GGCUAGCUGAAAGGGACCGCCGCACCGCUCUCUGCUGUGGAGGUUACUUGCCGUAGCCUACGGACUGGUAUGAUUAUACAUCCUGCAUUGCCAAAUCCUCUUGGGUGAUACGCACUCGGCUCAUAGAGCGGGCUUUUUUUUCUACGAGAAAAACAUUGUCUGUCAAAGCGUCACAUGGGGUCAGAAACGAUCGCUUCCUGCAUAGCGUUUUAUCUCCGGGAGUUUGGUUUGUCUCCGCCGUUCAUUUUUAUUAAUGAAUUGAUUUGAAGUCGCAGUGUCUUUUCUUCAUGACAUAUUAUUACCGCAAUGAUAAGCAAAGUUAAAAAUGCCAUGUCCACUCUGGUGGGAGGGAUAAUGCCGCACGGCCACCAUCAUCACCACCAGCACGGCUCGGGCAACGUUCAGAACUGUGGGUUGGACGGUCUUCCUCCCCGAUUCCCCUAUUCUCGACCCGAGUUUUUGGACCUUACGCAGGAGCUGCUGCAGUACUCCACAGAACAUGCAUCGAGACCGGUCAUAACACCAAAGCGGGAUAGCAGGCUGCCGUGGCGGACGGGCUAUGCCGAGGUGAUCAAUGCUGGGAAGAGUAUGCUGAAUGAGGACCAGGCGUCCUGUGAGUUGCUGUACGUGAGGAAGAUCAGCGGCAAACAGCAGCAUCGCACGUCCAUGUUGCUGGACGACAGUGCGGACACCAGUGGCAUCCCUCUUCAUUUCUGGGGGGUGUUUGACGGCCACGCUGGCUCUGGCGCCGCCCUCAUGGCAUCCAAGCUCUUGCACCGGCUCAUCCGGGACCGCCUGUGUGACGUGGUGCACCUGCUGGAGAACCCCUCCACGCCGCCCCCUAUCUGCCUGGCCAAGAACGGCAGCCCGUACCAGGCGGACACGAAGAAGGGAGCCGGCCAGGAGCCAGAGGAGCAGGACGCGCUGACCGACCCGUCCUCCCGCUUCCACAUGGAGAAGGUGAUCAGCUUGGAGGGCCUGAUCACUGGCAUUAUCGAAAACGCCUUCCGACAGAUGGACGACCUGAUAGAGAAAGAGAAGGCCUCGUACAGCAUAUCAGGAGGCUGCUGUUCUCUGGCUGCCCUCCAUCUGAUGGGGAAACUCUAUGUGGCCAACGCUGGCGACAGCAGGGCCAUCAUUAUCCGUAAUAACGAGGUCAUUCCCAUGUCCAAUGAGUUCACUCCGGAGACGGAGAGACAGCGCCUGCAGUACCUGGGCUUCCUGAAGCCAGAGCUUUUGGGAAAUGAGUUCACACACAUCGAGUUCCCUCGACGGAUCCAGCACAAAGAGCUGGGCAAGAAGAUGCUUUUCAGGGACCACACAAUGACCGGCUGGGCUUACAAAACCAUUGUGGAAGAUGAUCUAAAAUUCCCAUUAAUCUAUGGUGAAGGGAAAAAGGCGAGAGUCAUGGCCACUAUCGGAGUGACAAGAGGACUCGGGGAUCACGACCUGAAAGUCUACAAUUCCAACAUCCACAUCAAACCCUUCCUUUCCUGCUGUCCGGAAGUGCUGGUGUACAAUCUGUCGGAGAACAAGCAUGGCCCUGACGAUGUGCUCGUCAUGGGCACAGAUGGUUUGUGGGAUGUCACCACCGAUCGGGAGGUUGCAGAUGCCGUGACAGCUUUCCUCUCGUGCUGCGAUCCCAGCGAUCCCAUGAGGUACACGCUGGCGGCCCAGGAUCUUCUGAUGCGCUCGCGCGGCGUCCUGAAGGAGAGAGGCUGGCGCCUGCCCAACGAGAGACUGGGUUCGGGCGACGACAUCACGGUGUUCGUCGUCCCGCUAGCCGGAGCAGAGACGGAGACAUGAUGACAGGGCUGAUGCUGAGACGCUGGCCGCCGAGGACAAGCCCACCCAGGACUG